UGACCAGGGCUGUUGCUUCAUUAGCCAACAGCUUGGCCGAAGACGGCCCCUCGUCUGAUCCAAUCCCUGUUGAAACGGCCCAGGGCUCGCCUCCAGACACACGGGGGGGAGAGGGGAUCGGCCAAAAUGGCGAAACUAGCCCUUAAUUAGUCCGAUCCAGGUGUUGUUAAUGAGCGCGAGGCAGCGGGGACGCACGUGGACACACUUCACAGCAGGAACAUACAGAGGCAAGGUCGAUGCGCUCUCAGAUGGAUUAUGCUAUGAAGUCUCUCACCCUUUUGACCCCGUCCUCCCUCUCCAAGUGUGUGACAGCCAGCGUGUCAGCCAGCGCUUCCAUGACCCAGCAGCUCCUGUCGGGUCGAGCUCCUCGGCCGAAGCCCUUCAGAGUCACAAAUGCCGACCGCGGCGUGAAGAAGGGCAUCAUGGCAGAUGCGCUAGAAGACCUGAUGAACAAGGUCAGCGACUCGCUGGGUGUAGCGUGCAUCAGCGCGUUGGUGCUGGAUGAAGACGGCACAGGCGUGGACACAGAGGAGUUCUUCCAGACGCUGCCUGAUAACACUGUCCUCAUGGUCCUGGAGAAAGGACAGAAGUGGACCCCACAUUCAAACAGCCCCCCCAGAGAUCCGCUCAGGGAGCGCGGGCUGCUGCAUCGGACAGAUGUGGCCAGGCUGACGUUUGACCUCUACAAGAACAACCCCAAGGAUUUCAUCGGCUGCCUGAACGUGAAAGCAACCCUGUAUGGUGUUUAUUCUCUCUCCUACGAUGUGCGCUGUUAUGCUGCUAAAAAGAUGUUGAAAGAGGCUCUGCGAUGGACCAUCUUCUCCAUGCAGGCCACAGGCCACAUCCUGCUCGGCUCCUCCUGCUACAUCGAGCAGCUGCUGGAGGAGGAGGAGCAAGCGGAGAAGGGCCUGGCGCUGCCACAGGAAAGCAGGAUCAGGCAGCUGCAGAGCAUGCUGCUGGGAAAGAGCUCCUCCUGAUGAUGGACUCGAGCUGACAAUGGUUGAGUGGACAUAUUGUCCAUUCUUAGCACACAGAUGGAACCUGUUUGGAGACAUGUCAGAUAUUGCAACAGUCUCUUCUCACAGUCACUUUCUUGCUCUGUUACAUUUUUUUUUUUUUUUUUUUGUCCCAUAUGUAUAUAGAACCAAACACUAAACAUUGUUCCUCAGAAAGCACUUUUACUCACCACUAUGUAACUUUUUUCCUUUGGAAAUGAAUAAAUAAAACAAACACUU